AGACUCUCCUGGAUCGGUUUAUCGGUGGUCUGAGCAGCAAGAAGGCCAGAAGACGCAUCGUGGCUAAAGAAGAGGUUACCCUUGCUUCAGCCUUGAAGGAGGCCACCGCCACGGAGAAUUAUGAAAGAGAGGAGCUUGAUGCCAGUCGCAAGGCCCCUAAGCCACAGAUAGAAGUUGCGCAUGCCAUGGACGAGCUAGAGGCUACUCCGAGCCAGAGCCCAGUCCGUGGGGUCGAGUCA